GCACUCAUGACUCAUACAUUAUGGCCUAUAUCCAUAAAUUUAGACUCCGAUCAUCUUCUUCAAUUCCCGAGAAGGAAAAUCCAGAUUAAUAGGUUCAAAAUGCCGGAAAGUUUCUUCGCCCAAUUCGAAAUCCCGCAACAGAAGCGAUUUGACGGAAAACCCUUCCCGGCAGUGUUGUCGCCGAGCCCAAACGUGCCGCCUGCAAGCUUCCCGGCUGCGAUUAAGGAGCAAAAGCCAUGGCUGGACGCUCUUCUUCAUCAAUCUGGCGCUAUUCUCUUCAAAGGGUUUCCAGUGAACUCGGCUUCGGACUUCAACGACGUCGUUGAGGCCUUCGGCUACGAGGAAUUGCCCUACGUCGGCGGCGCCGCCCCUCGGACCAACGUUGUUGGCCGUGUUUUCACCGCAAAUGAAUCCCCGCCCGAUCAGAAGAUCCCUUUCCACCACGAAAUGGCUCAGGUUCCAGAGUAUCCAUCAAAAUUGUUUUUUUACUGUGAAGUAGAACCUGGAAGUUCAGGGGAAACACCCAUAGUACUUAGCCAUGUUGUGUAUGAGAAGAUGAAAAGCAAGUAUCCCGAGUUUGUUGAAAGAUUGGAGGAGCAUGGGUUAAUCUACAUUAGGGUUUUGGGUGAAGAAGACAACCCUUUAUCCCCCAUUGGCCGAGGUUGGAAGUCCACAUUCUUGACCUCAGACAAGAGUGUUGCUGAGGAAAGGGCUGCGAAGUUGGGGAUGAAGCUGGAAUGGCUCGACGAUGGUGGAGUGAAAACGGUUAUGGGGCCAAUACCAGCUAUUAAGGUGGACAAAACUAGGCAGAGGAAGAUAUGGUUCAACAGCAUGGUGGCUGCAUACACCGGCUGGGAAGAUGCGCGAAACGACCCAAAGAAGGCAGUCACUUUCGGGGAUGGAAAGCCUUUGCCUGCUGAAAUCAUACACGACUGCCUCGCCAUCUUGGAAGAGGAAAGUGUUGCAGUUCCAUGGAAGGAAGGCGAUGUUUUGCUGAUUGACAAUAUGGCUGUUCUUCAUGCUCGAAAACCAUUCCUCCCUCCUCGUCGCGUUCUAGCCUCAUUGUGCAAGUGAUAGAAGCAUUAGACACUGGGAAUUUGCAAUGUACAACAUCAUUUGUAUUACAAAGUGAGGCAUGUAUCUAUAUCAGGAUAACAUUAUCAGUGCUUUUAGAAAUGCAAGUUACUUUGUAUUGCUUGCUCUGGAAGAAUAAAACUGCGUUUCACUGAGAAUCGAACUUA